AUGACCGACUCCAAGACCAUAGUAGUCCUCGGCGCAGGCCCAGCCGCUCUGCCUGUCAUCCGCCAGACAAUGGUCAACCACGUUCUCAAGCGCAACGACCUCAAGAUGGUCGUUGUCGCUCCCAAUACUCACUUCCAAUGGCCCGUCGCCAUGCCCCGUGUCGUUAUCCCCGGCCAGAUCUCCGAUGACAAGGUCUUGAUUCCCUUCGAGCCCAUCUUCAGCACCUAUUCCUCUGAUAAGUUCGAGUGGAUCCAGGGCAAGGCCGUGGCUCUUGAUACCAACGCCAAUGUUGUCAGUAUCGAGAUGAACAACACUGCUGCUGUUCGGGAGGUCAGCUACCACACUCUUGUCAUCGCUACUGGUUCAAGAACGAGGGACGGUUUGAUGUGGAAGGGCAUUGGCACGACCGAAGAGACCAAGGCGAAGCUUCAUGAGGUUCAGGACCAGGUUAGCAAGGCCAAGACUGUUGUUGUAGCUGGUGGCGGAAUGACCGGUUCCGAGACAGCUGGCGAGCUGGGCUUCGAGUAUUCUCAGCACGGAACCAAGGAGGUUAUCUUUAUCUACUCCGGCGAUCUUCCCUUGGCACCCCCUGCCACCGACGCAGUCCGCAAGCAGGCUUUAAAGGAACUCGAGAAGCUCAAGGUCAAGGCCAUGCCCAAGUCAACCGUUAUCAGCGCGAUACCUACACCUGGGUCCUCCGAUAUUGUCCUCGAAGUCCGCUCCUCCGACGGCACAGUCAAGAAGAUCACCACCCAGGCAUAUCUCCCCGCCACAGGUGUCGUGCCCAACACCGAAUUCGUCCCCAAAUCUCUCCUCGAUAGCAACGGCUUCGUUAAGCAGACCACACACCUGCAAGUUGAAGGCCAUAAAAACAUCUUCGUCAUUGGCGACGCCGGCAAUCUCGAGGAGUCACUCCUUGGCCGCGUAGACACCCAGGCAUUACACCUCAUCAAGAGCCUUCCCACCCGCAUCGACGGCGGCGAAACUGCAGAGUACGUCCCCGCUGGAAAGACUAUGUUUGCGGUAUCUCUUGGUCGAAGUAGGGCGACGGGCCAGAUGGGUACCUGGAAGCUGCUCAGCUUCUUGAUCUGGCUGGCCAAGGGCCGGACUCUGGGUGUUGAGAAGGCUGGCCCUUGGGCUGCUGGGAAGAGAACCAUGAUGACUGUUCUCGAGAAGUAG